UAACGUUUUUUUUUUAUAGGAUAAAACUAUUAAAUUAUAUUUCUUUCGCUAAUCGCGGUUCACCGUUCGUGUCGUAUUUGAUUACUUGACGCAGUUAAUUAUUAACAUUAGGCCUAGUGACACGUUUCCACGUCGUCGUUGUCGUUUUCGUCGCCCCAGUCCGUUGAAUACGUCGCGAGGCCGCUGAUAAAACAUUCGAAAAACCACACUACAAACCGCCAAGAAACACAAUAGCUGUCGACCCGCUAUAUUGUUGAUUGAUUCGGACAGCCGUCCCGAUACGCAAUUUCUACUCAGGGGCCCGCGCCUUUUUCAAUCUACCCCUCCGUAUACCACCAGCCCCCUCCAUCACUUUAGACUUUUUCCGACGAAACGAAACCCGGUAAUCCGUGAUGGCCAAAAAGACGUACGAUUUGCUGUUCAAGUUGUUGCUGAUCGGCGAUUCGGGCGUUGGCAAGACCUGCAUUCUGUUCAGGUUCUCAGACGAUGCGUUCACCACGACGUUCAUCUCGACCAUUGGUAUUGACUUCAAAAUCAAAACAGUGGAACUUCAAGGCAAAAAAAUAAAACUUCAAAUUUGGGAUACAGCAGGACAGGAGCGAUUCCAUACCAUAACAACAUCCUAUUAUAGGGGAGCAAUGGGAAUUAUGUUAGUAUAUGAUAUUACAAACGAAAAAAGUUUUGAAAAUAUAGUGAAAUGGCUACGAAACAUUAAUGAGCAUGCUAACGAAGAUGUAGAAAAAAUGAUUUUAGGGAACAAAUGUGAUAUGGAUGAUAAACGUGUUGUUAGUAAAUCAAGAGGUGAAGGCAUUGCUCGCGAACAUAACAUAUCUUUCUUAGAAACAUCUGCAAAAGCAAAUAUAAAUAUCGAAAAAGCAUUUACUGACCUCACAUUAUCAAUAUUGAAUAAGACGCCUGGACGCGAACCUACCGAUGUGCCCGAAAAAAUUAACAUUGAUAGGAAAUCAGAUAGAUUGUCUAAUCGCUGUUGUUGAAUAGUUAAGUAUUUAAUACAGACAAUUUUAAAUGGACACUAUUAUUAUUGACAGAAUUUGUGAAACACCAAGAGAUAAACAUUUUGCUAAGCUCAUUGAUAUAAAUAUACAUAAAAUUGUAUAUUAUUAUGUGUUCUUUAGCACAUUUUUAUUUUACAAGAAGAACUAUUAACAAGUUAUAUAUUAUUAUUUUUUAUUUAAAUGUUUAGCAAAAUGGUUUUCUGUGAAGCUGUUCCUUAUCAUACAAAUAAAUGUAAAUAUUUAUGUUACCAUUAUUAAUAAUAAUUGUUUAAAUAAAAACGAGAUAAUCAUGACAUCAUCAUACUUGUCUAAUAUAAUAAAGCAGUUGAUGUUAGUGGCUUGAACCACAAAAAAUUUUAUUGGUUGUCCUCGGUGGAAGUUAUGUAUUAUUAUUUUUAUUUUGUACAAAAUUUCAUAAAAUCCUAUUUAUCAAUUUAACCAUAAUACUGAGUGAGCUAAUUCUUGUAGGGUUGUAAUAAGUUGUAAGAUUUUUGCUUAUAAGCUCAAAGUGUUCAUAAACGGCUGUAAAAAAAUUGUCUAAUUUAAUUUACUAAUAUAAUAGAAAUAUUUUUAUACAAAUAUUAUUUUAUAAAGUAAUUUCAACUGGCCUAACACUGUUAUUUUGUAUUCAUUUUGGCUUUUAGUAUUAUUAUUAUUUUUUUUUUUUUAUUUUAUCACCUUUUUUGUUGUUAAUUUAUUAUUCAUUAAAAAAAAAAAAAAAAAAUAGUAAAGAAAAUAUUCAA